UAAAACAUGUUCGAGGCACGUCUAGCACAAAGUGCUAUUCUGAAAAAAGUGUUAGAAGCUGUGAAGGACCUGCUGACCGAGGCAACCUUUGAAUGCUCGGACUCCGGCAUCCAGGUACAAGCCAUGGAUAAUGCUCACGUCUCCUUGGUGUCUUUGACUUUGAGGAGCGACGGAUUCGACAAGUACCGCUGUGACAGGAAUUUAUCGAUGGGCAUGAAUAUUGGCACAAUGACGAAGAUUCUAAGGUGUGCUAGCUCGGAGGAUACGGUGACCUUAAGGGCUUGGGACAAUCCGGAUAACAUUAUCUUCAUAUUUGAGUCACAGAACAAAGAAAAGCUUGCAGAGUAUGAAAUGAAACUCAUUAAUAUGGACCAAGAGCACCUUGGUAUUCCAGAAACUAUGUAUUCUUGUGUUGUGAAAAUGCCUUCUCAAGAAUUCGCCAGAAUAUGCAGGGAUUUAAGCCAAUUUGGCGAGGCUAUCACAAUUGCAUGCUCUAAGGAGGGAAUCAAAUUCUCCGCAGUGGGAGAUUAUGGAAAUGCUAAUGUCAAGCUUGCCCAAACUGCAGAAUCAGAAAAGGAAGAUGAAGCAGUCAGUAUUGACAUGCAAGAACCUGUUAAAUUAACUUUUGCAUGCCGUUACUUGAAUUCUUUCGUUAAGGCUACACCACUUUGUGCCCAAGUAAAGCUGUCAAUGUCUGCUGAUGUACCUUUGGUUUGUGAGUAUGCAAUUGGAGAAAUUGGUCACAUCAGAUAUUACCUUGCACCUAAGAUUGAUGAUGAAGAGGAAAACUAGAACUGUGAAUGUUUAGUUGUAAUUUUUUAUUUUACAUUGUCAAAUUCAAUCUCGCCUUUCUUUUUUUGUUUUAUUUAUUCAUCAGAACAAAAGACAAAAUCUGUACUUUCAUGUAAAUUACUGAUUUGAAAAGUGUAUUGAUAUAGCCUACUCAGUGAGUCACAAUUUUUAAUUAUGUAAAGGUUAGUUAUAAAAAUGAGAACACAUUUAUAAGUAAUUUGAAGAUAGUAUAUUGAAAUUUUACAUUUAAAAGUCAUUUGGCUUGUCACAGUAUUAGCGCAAUACAGAAUUGACACUAACUUUGUAGUAGGAUGAUAAAAUUACGGUUAUUUAGUUGAAACGAUGUACAUUCUCACUUCAAGAUUGACUGUGACUGUAUAAUUAUUUUACCUUUUUUUAUAGUGUCGUCUUUGUAAUGUA